AUGCAUACGAAGCGGCUGAGCGCGACCGCUGCAAGCCGGAGCGCUGAGCCGGCACAGGUGGGACACUGGUGGGACAUAUGGGCGGUCAGCCAUGCUGACGUAAGGGAACAGGAGUUGCACUGUCUCCAUGAACUCGACACAGCGCAGCCGCUUUCGUUGACCUCUCCAGUGCCGACAAACGUCGUUCUUUCUAUUCACUAUUCCAUGUUUCAUGCUCUCCGAGCCAUAGCGCCAGUAGCAGGCGGGGAUGCAUCCUACCCGGGUGUAGACCCGCCCUCAUGCCAGCUACUUGGGCCAACCGCACUUGUUGUGCAAGGCCUCAUGGGAAUCCUUGUGAUUUUAUCGCUCGUCUACAAGAGGCACAGGGAAACGCCUAAACGGCCAUGGAGAAUCUGGCUAUUCGACGUGUCCAAGCAAGUAGUUGGUCAACUAUUCGUCCAUGGCGCAAAUCUCUUGGUCUCUGGUCUAGCCUCCCAUCAUACAUCUAGCAAUGCUUGCGUAUCUUAUUUCCUUAAUAUCUUAAUCGAUACCACGUUUGGUGUUGGAUUGAUCUAUGUGACGCUACAUGCCCUCACUCGAUUAUUCACGGAGAAGUUCCAGCUCAAAGGUUUUGAAUCCGGGGUUUAUGGCGACCCACCAUCCUUCAACUUUUGGCUCCGUCAAGCCGCUCUUUAUGUUCUAACUCUCUCGACUAUGAAAGUUGUGGUGGUCACGUUCCUCGUUCUAUUCCCUGCGAUUUAUGUGGUGGGCGAGUGGUUACUCAGUUGGACGUGGACGAGCGAGGGCGAUGAUUUGCAAGUUAUAUUCGUUAUGGGGAUAUUCCCUAUCAUGAUGAACAUUCUACAAUUCUGGUUAAUCGACUCAAUCGUCAAGGCCUCUGCCGCCGCCGGAGUCGCGUUGGACGUGGAACGUGAUGCACAGCAGGAUCGUGAACCUCUAUUUCAAGCUGGCUCCGAUGAUGAAGACGGCGACCAUCCAUCACGAUUGGAUAACUCUCGGCGUUCACAUCGCUCGUUGGACUCGUUGGACUCUCGAGGGCUCCAAUCGCGUGAUGACCUUUCCUUUGCCACAGGCAUCACUACCCCCGACGAACACAAGUCAUCCGGAUCACCUCCUAAUAAUGAAAUUGACGGUCAUGCCUACCCACCGACUCCCAGGGUGGCAAAAAACCUCAUGAAGAAGGCAAAACGUCGCGAUGGCCGUGUUCCUCCCUCUCCUCGACAACCGGAAGGAUCGUGUAGCAUAUCCCAAACUCCUGUCACCCGGCCUGCCGUCCCAGUGCCACCUACAAGGGAAACACCGGAAUGGCAGGCUACGUGGGAAGACAACAACGUUUGGGAUGCGACGAAGCAUCAGAAUACACAAUCUUCGACGGCCCAAAUACCAUGA